ACUAGGCGGUUCCGCUCGCUUCCGCCCGCGGGUUGGAGGUGGCGUGAAAGGGAGAGCGGUUGUUUUCGUCGCAGCUUCAGCCGGAGAUUGAGAGAGGCCGGCCGUGAGAGGACCAUCCGCGGCACGAUGCCCACCGUGGAGGAGCUGUACCGUAAUUACGGCAUCCUAGCCGACGCCAAGGAGACCGCGGCCGAGCACAAAGAUGCUUACCAGGUGAUCUUGGAUGGUGUCAAGGGAGGUGCCAAGGAGAAGAGAUUAGCAGCACAAUUUAUUCCAAAAUUCUUCAAACAUUUCCCUGAACUGGCAGAUUCAGCUAUCAAUGCCCAACUGGACCUUUGUGAGGAUGAAGAUGUUUCUAUCCGGCGCCAGGCAAUCAAAGAAUUACCUCAGUUUGCUACCGGUGACAACCUCCCCAGAGUGGCAGACAUACUUACCCAACUUCUUCAGUCAGAUGAUUCUGCAGAAUUCAACUUGGUUAACAAUGCUUUGCUAAGCAUAUUUAAGAUGGAUGCUAAAGGAACACUGGGUGGUUUAUUUAGUCAGAUUCUUCAAGGAGAGGAUAUUGUGCGAGAAAGAGCCAUCAAAUUCCUCUCCACAAAACUUAAAACACUGCCUGAAGAGGUGUUAACAAAAGAAGUAGAAGAACUCGUACUAACAGAAUCGAAGAAAGUGCUUGAGGAUGUGACAGGAGAGGAGUUUGUUUUAUUUAUGAAGAUACUAUCAGGCUUGAAAAGCCUGCAGACAGUGAGUGGGCGGCAGCAGCUAGUUGAACUGGUGGCUGAACAAGCUGAUCUUGAGCAGACCUUCAAUCCAUCUGACCCUGAUUGUGUGGAUAGACUCUUACAGUGUACUCGUCAAGCAGUCCCACUUUUCUCAAAAAAUGUCCACUCCACAAGAUUUGUCACUUACUUCUGUGAGCAUGUGCUGCCAAACUUGAGUUCCCUGACCACCCCAGUUGAAGGCCUUGAUAUACAGUUAGAGGUGCUGAAACUGCUUGCUGAGAUGAGCUCCUUUUGUGGAGACAUGGAAAAGCUAGAAUCAAAUUUGAAGAAGCUUUUUGAUAAACUACUGGAAUACAUGCCACUCCCUCCAGAAGAAGCGGAGAAUGGGGAGAACGCUGGCAAUGAAGAGCCCAAAUUGCAGUUCAGCUAUGUGGAGUGUUUGUUAUAUAGCUUUCAUCAACUAGGUCGAAAACUUCCAGACUUCCUGACAGCCAAGCUGAACACAGAGAAAGUGAAAGACUUUAAAAUCAGAUUACAGUAUUUUGCUAGAGGACUGCAGGUUUACAUCCGACAGCUUCGUUUGGCACUCCAGGGCAAAACAGGAGAAGCAUUAAAGACAGAAGAGAACAAAAUUAAAGUGGUUGCGCUGAAAAUUACAAAUAACAUCAAUGUUUUAAUCAAGGAUCUCUUCCACAUUCCCCCUUCAUACAAGAGCACAGUGACGCUGUCAUGGAAACCAGUACAGAAAUCUGAAGCUGGGCAAAAAAGAGCAAGUGAGGAUGCAGCUUCAGACUUGCCAACAAAGAAGGCUCCAGCAGGACCAAAAAGGGAUUCCAGGCAGAUAUACAACCCACCCAGUGGGAAAUACAGUAGUAACCUGGGAAAUUUUUCUUAUGAGCAGAGAGGUGGUUUCCGUGGUGGACGAGGGAGAGGAUGGGGUGGCCGUGGUAAUCGCACUCGUGGAAGAAUCUACUAAAAUCAAUGGUGUUUUCAUUGCCAUGAUCAUCUUUCAAGUCUUGACGAAUUGCCUGGAGGGCUGCAUUGUUUAAAGAACUGUCUUCUGCAAAAGACUGAUUUAAAUGUUCUUAUACCUUUGUAUGUAUGAUCUACUUUUCUAAUGGACUGCAGACUCACCCACAGUGAAGCUACAACUGUAUUUUUGGAUGUUUAGCAGCUGGCAGUUUGAGUUUGUGUCUGGGUUUGUUUUUUAAGCAUCUUCAAGACUUAUUCAGGAAGAAAGCAUGGGUUUUCCUGCUGACGUUACAUUCAUCUAUAAAUAUGGCUAUACAAAGUAGGCUCCUUAGUGUACAAUAAUUUUCAUAUGCUAGAUAAGAGGUGGAAAUGUUAUAACUGAAGUUGAAAUCAGCGGUAACCCUUCUCCAGACAAAAUCGUAUUUUUAUUUUUUUUGCAGUAAGUGGGAAAGAAUGAUAUUGCAGAAAAAGUAGUAUAGGCUACCAGUGGUAGCAUGAUUGUUGAUAGGAAUCCUUGAUUUUUAAAAUGUGCAACAUGGAUGCAUAAGAAUCUGUGCUCUUUAUCAUAAGUCAGUCCAUUUACUUGUUGGGAAGGGUGGGAGGGAGCAGGGAAGACCAGGUGUUAACGUGAACACAUUUUGCUCUUCUCCAUAUAUUGUCACAUAAUGUGUGUUUUGCAAAUGGCUUUUUAAAUGUUCUCUAUAAAUGUGUGUGUGCAUAUAUAUAUAUUUAUAUAUAUAUGCCAUAAAAUUAUAGUGAAAAAGAAUAAAACUGCUAGAAAUGCUACCCCAAGAAUGGCAAAUUUGUGAUGCUGUAAUAACUCUUUCUUGUUAAAGAGCUUGGAUCAGUUUAGCCCUUAGAAGAAGCUCUUUUGUUUUUGUGUUUUUUGUUUUUUUAAUUAGUUAGAUACCUGUGUUUACAAAUAUUAAGCAUGGCAUUAGGCACUUGAAAUUACUACUAUUCAGUUGCACUUGGGUAAAAAGUUAAAACAUCUUGGUAAAUCUUACGUAAUAAUGGAAUCAUCAUAGUGAUAAGGAUUCUAGAUAUUUUAUUUAAAAUAAUAUGAUGUAGCAAACUUGAUUCUCACCUUCCCCCAAAAAUAUUUCCCAUUAAAAAUGUAUGUUGGGUCCUUAGGCAUGGGAGGAGGAAGAGUGAGCAGCAUAAAAUGUCAAUAUCAGUAACAGAUCAUAGGAAAAUUUAAAACACUGCAGGAAUGUUUAAGUUACCCAGUGUCAGACUUUAUUUUUUAAAAAUUGCAUAUUCAUUCUUUGCAUCACUCCCCUCUAGAGUUUGAUGCCUGUACUGAAAACCAACAUUUUGUACAAAGCAUAUUUCCAGCAACCUCAUGUAUAUCAGAGAGAAACAGUUUCUAAACUGGACAAAUAAAUCAUUUUCAUCAUUC